AAAUAUUCUGGCGGAAAAACUAUUGUUGUGGUCAUACUGGCGCAUGCGCACGGAGAUGACAGCGGUCGGUUGGAGUUCACCUGCUUCAUCAGCUGUUUGCGAUGCGGAGUUUAGCAGAGCUGCUGAAGAGUUCAUCAAUUACUUUCUGCACAGACGUCUGCAUACUAACUUCUCCUGAGACCAUCUAGGUUAGUCAAGACAAAAAACGAAAGAAAAGCUAAACAAUUUGAUGAUAAAGCAGACUGACAGGAGAUGUGUGCUGCUGUGUAUGCCCUAUCAGCGCUAACGGGCUACGUGCUCACCUCUGCCCUGCUGCUGAAAUGUCCAACUUUUUUGCACCGGAGGAAGCGAGGGCCCUUCCUCAGCAAACACAUUUCCCAUCGUGGAGGGGCAGGUGAAAAUCUGGAAAACACCAUGGCAGCUUUCAAGCAUGCUGUGGAUCUUGGCACAGACAUGUUGGAGUUGGACUGCCACUUGACGAAAGAUGGACAGGUAGUCGUCUCACAUGAUGCCAACUUGAAAAGGGCCACUGGCAUCAAUGCCCGAAUCUCCGACAUAACCUACGCCGAGCUCCCUCCAUACCUCUGCAAACUGGGCGUAACCUUUCAGAGGGAGUGUUUCUGUGAGGGUGGGGAGGACAAACAAAUCCCUCUCCUCAGGGACAUUUUUGAUGCCUUUCCUAAUACCCCUGUCAACAUUGACAUCAAGGUCAACGAUGACACCCUUAUCAAGAAGGUCUCCGAACUGGUUGUAAAGUACGACAGAGAGCAUCUGACUGUGUGGGGCAACGCUAGUAACCAGGUUGUCAAGAAGUGUUACAAAGAGAACCCUCGUAUCCCAGUGUUGUUCAGCUAUCCAAGAGUACUGCAGCUUUUAGGCCUCUUCUACACCGGACUUCUGCCAUUUGUUCCCCUCAAGGAGCAGUUCCUAGAGAUCCCCAUGCCCUCCAUUUUCUUCAAAAUACAGGAUCCUAACAGAUUAACUAGAGGUCAGCGACUCAUUGCCUGGCUGGCAGACACUUUGCUGAUGAGGAAAGCUCUGUUUAAGCAUCUAACUGCCAGGGGAAUUCAGGUGUACAUUUGGGUGCUGAACGACGAGGACGACUUCCAGAGGGCGUUUGACCUGGGAGCCACGGGAGUUAUGACAGAUUUUCCCACCAGGCUUAAAGACUUCAUGGAUAGGAAAGGCAUUUCUAAACUCGACUAACAUGCCAACAUCUACCUCACCCCCCACCCCAACUCACACACUUUCAACCAUGCAUUCCAGCAGAGCUACUCUCACACUGUGUUUUACAAUCGGAAGGGAUGUUCUUGUGUGAAGCCUCUCUGCACUGGUUUGAAGAAUGUUGUUGUAUUGGUAACACAAACCUGUGUAUUUUCAAUCAUGUAAAAUACUCUUUAAGGAUACAUAGUGCAUCUGUUGUACAUGUAUAUCAUUAUCUCCUUUCAGUUGUGUUCUUUGUGGAUUUUCUGACCCCUUGCCGCACACCCAGACACCUGGGUUCCGCAGUGUGAAAUUUAUACUGGUCUUUCAGUGUUAUUUAACACCACACAAUAUUUUAAAGUAUAUCUAUAAAAUGUGAUGAAAUGGACAUUGGAAUUUUGCAUUUGUGUUUUAUUUACCGGACUUGAUUUUCAAUAGAAUAAUGGGUUUUGACUUAAAUUAUUUAGUAACAUUUAUUUCGUUUUUUUUAAAUUACUUUUUUAAUAUAUUCAGGUAAAAGAGAGCUUGCAGUGUUAGUGAAUCAUGGUUCAUGUAUAGUGCCAGUAAAAACACCAGCAGAUGCAGCUUGGUGUUGAAAUGUAAUGUUAAUUUACCAACUGAUGUAUGUUUUUUCUGCCGCUUAGCAUUAAAUUAAAAACAGGGUAGUGACACUAGUCCUCAGAAUCACUAAAGUUUAGCUUUACAGUGAUAGUACUGAGGCUGUAAGUGCUACUUCUUUAUAUUGACAAGUUUGAGCAUAGGAAUAUUCAGUUAAAUUUUUUAAAAACACUUUUUUAAAUGCUGAUGUUAAAGAAAGUGGGUGUACGUUACAUAGAUGUGUUGUAUGUUUAUGUGUAGUAGAUUAGUCUCUAAAGCCAAUGACUGUGGCAUAGUUGGUCUGUUAAUAAUCCUGGGAAAUUUUGCACAAAAUAAGGAACUCCAGCUCGUUUAUGAAGAUUAUUAGGAUUAUCAUUCCAAUGACAUUUGUCACUGACAAACUCGUGACUACACAUUGAGGGUCGGUAACGAAUGUAUUGGUUGAAUGUACUGUAUGCUGUCUGGUAUUUUACAAUCAAAACAGCAUGGGUGUUCUGUUUACUUAAGUUUGUAUUAAUGAAAUCUGCACAGUUGUUAAUCUCGUCUGACAUUUUAUUGUUUUUAGAAAACCUGUAAAUCAAAAAGAUUUGUUUUUGUGAAAGGCUUGUGAUCUAUCAAUCAUAUUACAAAUCUCCCAUGAAUUUGCUCUAGAAUAUGUACAUUUUUGUUUUGCAUACUGAAAUGAAUGUUUGUUAUGGUGUUGAAUAUGUUUGGUUUGACAAAACUAGUAUGUGGGG